AUGUCAGCACUACCAGAUGCUAAAAAGCAGAAAGUAAAGGAUAUUGAAUCAAAUUCUCCAUUGAAUAAUGAUAUCCCUAAGAUUGCGCAAUCGAGAAAUGACAGCCCAUUACAAGUUGCCAAUGAUCCACUUAAAUCAUACACACCAAUGAAAGUAAUAAUUUCUAAUAAUCAUUCUAAUAGCAUUUCGCCGUUACCAUCACAAUUGAUGUCUUCUUCAACACAACCACCAAGUUUACAGCAUCCUUCAUCGUCUUCUAGAGGCCGUGCAGUGAAAGCGUAUUCGCAAUCACCACCAAGAUCACCUGACAGAUCUCCUGUAAGAUCACCAACAAGGAAGCUAGAACUGAUUCAACUGUCUCCCAUCAAAAAUUCUAGAUCUGAGUUACAAAAAAUUUAUAGUUCUAAACAAGAGGAAAAAAUUGAAAGAAUAUGUUUGAACAAGUUAGUAUUACAUAAUUUUAAAUCUUAUGCUGGCACACAAACAAUAGGUCCAUUUCAUUCAAGUUUUUCUGCUGUUGUUGGUCCUAAUGGUUCAGGUAAAUCUAAUGUGAUCGAUUCGAUGUUAUUUGUGUUUGGAUUCAGAGCGAAUAAGAUGAGACAAGGGAAAUUAGCAGAUCUAAUUCACAAGUCAGAGGAAUAUCCAGACUUAACUUCGUGUGCAGUUGAUGUACAUUUUGAAUAUUUAAUCGACUACCCUGAUGAUACUACAAAAAUUAACCCAUCAAAACAACCGUUAAUAAUCACAAGAAGAGCAUUUAAAAAUAGUACCUCUAAGUAUUAUCUUAAUGGGAAAGAAAGCAAUUAUAAAACUAUUACGGCAUUACUGAAGGAGGAAGGUAUUGAUUUGGAUCACAAUAGAUUUUUAAUUCUUCAAGGUGAAGUCGAAAAUAUAGCACAGAUGAAACCAAAAGCCGAAAAGGAAGGUGACGACGGUUUACUAGAAUAUUUAGAAGAUAUUAUAGGUACUACAAAAUAUAAAGAGUUAAUUGACAAGAAGUUUAUCGAGAUAGAAGCAUUGAAUGAUAUUUGCAUUGAAAGAGAGAAUAGAUUUGACAUAAUCGAUCGUGAAAAGGAGUCCCUGGAAUCAGAAAAAGAAUCUGCCCUAGAAUACCUUAGUAAAGAAAAAGAACAAGUUAUCGUUAAAUCUAAGUUAAUUCAGUAUAAAAUAUGGCAAAAUAAUAUUAAACUUUCCAAUACUUUAGAAAAAAUCACAAAAUUGGAAGAUGAAUAUAAUCAAGAAAAAAAUAAAAAUACAGAAUUGAAGAAUAAGAUUGAUGAACUUCGAAAGUUAUAUACAAAAAAUCAAGAUGAGUUACAAGCGUUACUUAAAGAUGAGAAGGAGUUGGUUAAUGCAAAAAGAAGUUUAGAUAGUGAUAACGUAUCUAAUACAGAACAGCUUAAAAAUAUUGAAAAAAAACUUAAAAAGACAGCAAAAGAGAUUGAGGAAGAUUUGAAAACGAUUAGUUCUUCUAAUGUAAGGCUUAAAAACUUUCAUGAUAAUAAAAAACUUUUCGAAACGCAGUUGAUAGAGUUAGAUAAUAAUUUGGUCACAGAAUCACAACUUUUAGAAAAUAUUAAACUUGAUUUAAAAGACAAAACUGUGGGAUUAUCAGAGGAGAUUUUGAAAACCGAAAAAGAUCUUGAACCUUGGAAUAUUAAAUUAGAUGAAUUGAAAUCUGAAAUACAAAUAAAGGAAUCAGAAAAAGCAUUAUUUGAAGAGAGUAAGAACAAAUUAAAAGCUAAUAUUGAAGCCUUAGAAAAAGAUGUAAACGAAAAAUCAAAACUGACUGAAGAUAGAAGGAAGGAAGUAAAGAACUUAAUGACCAAAUUAGAAAAUGUAUCAAAAGAAGUAAUAUUUGGGACUAAUGAAUUGAAAAAGGCAAAUGAAAAAUUAUGCGAAAUGCAAAAAAUAUUAAUUCAAGAUAGACAAAAAGCGAAUGACGCUAGAACAUCUUUGUCUAACGUGGAAAACAGAAGUAAAGUUUUAAGGGCACUAUUGAAACUACAAAAGUCAGGUAGAAUAAAUGGUUUUCAUGGAAGAUUAGGAAAUUUAGGUGUGAUAGAUGAAAAAUAUGAUGUAGCUAUAUCAACAGCAUGCCCUCGUCUAAACGAUAUUGUAGUAGACUCUGUCGAGUGUGGUCAACAAUGUAUCGAAUACUUAAGGAAAAAUAAUUUAGGCCAUGCUAGAUUUAUUCUUUUGGACAAACUUAACAAAUUUAGUAUGGAAAAAAUAAGUACACCCAGAAAUGUGCCUAGACUAUUUGAUUUAAUUAAAGUUAACGAUGAAAAGUUUUUACCAGCUUUUUAUAGUGUACUAAGAAAUACUUUGGUUGCUAAUGAUUUAAAAGAAGCAAAUGCUGUGGCCUAUGGGAAAACUAGAUACAGAGUUGUAACAUUAAAAGGCAAUUUGAUUGAUAUCUCUGGUACAAUGAGUGGUGGUGGUAACCAGGCGUCAAAGGGUGCUAUGCAGUUAUCAAAUAGUACCUCUAAGGAGAAAUCAACUUACUCAUCUGAAGAAGUGAUGGAAAUAGAAAAAGAAUUGUCAAUAAGAGAAAAAAAUUACCAAAACGCUUAUAAUACCGUUCAAGAAAUGGAGAUAGAACUUCGUAACCUUAAAGAAUCUGAACCAAAAAUAGAGUUAGAGAUCUCUAAAUUAAACUUUGAAAUAGACUCCCUGGAGAAUGAAUGUAGUUUGAAAAGGAAACAAUUAAAUGAGCCAAAUGCUUCUUUCUCAAUUGAGGAUAACAUGUCGGCAGAUAUAACUGAAAUGGAUAAUGCACUAUAUACAUUGAAUGAGAAGCAAAAAUUGAUCGAGUCACAAAUGAAAAGUAAAAAAGAUCGUAUAAAGGAGCUUCAAGAUAAAAUUAUGAAAAUUGGUGGGAUUAAGUUACAGAUGCAAAAUUCGAAAGUUGAUUCUCUUCAAGAACAGAAGAAGAUAUUAAUAAAGAAGCAAAAAUCAGAGAAAGCAGGCAUCAUGAAAAUUGAAUCUGAUGUUAGAAAGUUAUCAAAGAAGUUAAAAGAAUCGGAGUCGGAUAACACCAAGUUAAAUGAAAAAAAGAUAGCCUUAGAAAAUGAACUCAAAAAUAUCGAGGAGCUUCUUGCACAAAACGAGAAUAAUAUGAAUUGCAUUCAAGACAAAAAGUUUACAUUAAGAGAGAAAAGUGAAAUUACGAUGAAUGAGUUAACUGAAAUGGAAGGCCUUUUAUCAGAGUUUAAAACAUUAGAAGUAGAAUAUAAAAUAAAGUCAGAAAAAUUAGCCUCACUUUUGAAUCAAAUAAAAAAAAUAUUGAAAGCUUUAGAAGAAGAUCAUUCAUCUUUAAGCAUAAGAGAAGUUGCAUAUGAUUUAGAUUUAUUGAACAUCAAAGAACAGGAAGCACAAAAAAUAAAAACUGAAUUAUAUGCUGACUUUGAACAAAAUCAAUCUAAUGACGUUAUUAACGAUGAAAUGAUAAUCGAGGAUAAUAACAACGAAAUUGCGAAGGGCAUUCCUAGUUAUAUGGAAUCAGACUUCAAACAGUUUGAUAUAUCUAGCCUCGAAGCAGAAUUGGUCCAAUUACAAGAUUAUUUUGAAAUAGCAAAAGUUGAUCUUGAUAUUUUAGAAGAAUAUACAAGAAGAAUGAUAGAAUAUAGACAGAGGAAGUAUGAUCUUAAUCAGUCUGUCGAACAGCGUGAUAAAGUUCGAAAAGAGUUAGAGGAUUUGAAAAAAUGUCGUUUUAACGAGUUUAUGGAAAGUUUUAACAUUAUAUCUAUGACAUUAAAAGAAAUGUAUCAAAUUAUAACAAUGGGAGGUAAUGCCGAGUUAGAGCUAGUUGACAGUUUAGAUCCAUUUUCCGAAGGUGUUACAUUUAGUGUGAUGCCUCCUAAAAAGAGUUGGCGUAAUAUCUCCAAUUUAUCAGGUGGUGAAAAAACUUUAAGUUCGUUAGCAUUGGUUUUUGCCCUACACAAAUAUAAACCGACCCCACUGUAUGUUAUGGAUGAGAUCGAUGCUGCUUUGGAUUUCAGGAAUGUAUCAAUUGUCGCAAAUUAUAUUAAAGAAAGAACUAAAAAUGCUCAAUUUAUUGUUAUUUCUCUAAGGAACAACAUGUUUGAAUUGGCCGAACAGCUUGUUGGGAUUUAUAAAAACGUGAAUCAAACGAAAAGUGCCACAUUGAAAAAUAACGACAUUCUAUGUAGAAAAUAA